AUGAACUUGAGUAACUGUAAAGAUAAACAUCCAAACUUAUUGUUUGCAAACUUUAAUCAAGAUUACAGUUGUUUCGCAAGUGGAACAGAGAGAGGAUUCCUCAUAUUCUCAUGUGAUCCAUUCAAAGAGAGAUUCGGAAGAGUAUUCGAUGGAGGUGUAGGAAUUGUAGAGAUGUUGUUUAGAUGUAAUAUCUUGGCAAUUGUUGGAGGAGGUACAAAGCCAAAGUAUACACCGAAUCAGGUGAUGAUUUGGGAUGAUUAUCAGAACAAAUGUAUUGCAAAGUUGGAGUUCAAGUCUGAGGUCAAGGCGGUAAAGUUGAGACGCGACAGGAUCGUCGUGGUGCUCGAGAACAAGGUCUAUGUGUACAACUUUGCCGACCUCCAACUGGUGCACCAGCUAGAGACCACCAACAACCCCAAGGGCAUUUGCGCCGUGUGUCCGGGCGCGGCCAACGUGCUGGCGUGUCCCGGUCUGAAACCAGGCUACGUCCACGUCGACCUCUACGACCAGAAGAAGACACAGAUCAUCGCCGCACACGAGUCGGCGCUCUCACAGAUCGCCCUCAACAAGGAUGGCACGCGUCUGGCCACGGCCAGCGAGAAGGGCACGCUGAUCCGUAUCUUUGACACAGCCACCGGCGAGAAGAUCAAGGAGGUGCGUCGUGGCACGCACCGAGCAGAGAUAUACAGUAUUGCGUUCAACAACGAGUCGACAGCACUAUGUGUCAGCAGCGACAAGAACACCGGCCACAUCUUUGACCUCUCGCGCUCGGCGCCCGCCACCGUGCGCGAGCCAGAGUCCGAUGGCAAGAACCGCCAAUCAAGCUUCUCCUUCAUGGGUGAUAUACUUCCAACCAACUACUUCAAGUCUGAAUGGAGUGCUGUACAGUUUCAAAUACCAGAGUCAAGGUCAAUAUGUGCAUUUAGUGCCGCUCCAAACUCUAUCAUCGUGAUAUGUGCGUCAGGUGUAUGUUAUAAGUAUACUUACGACUUUGCCAAGGGCGAGUCAGCCAGCCACUCGAGUGGCUGUGGCCAACCAAACAGCAUCAUUGGCAGCAGCAGCACCAAGCCCAAGCACAAACAUAAACAUCGAUCAGGUUCGGUGAUUGUGUAG